CGACAAAUCGUUCAACUGUUUUGGAAACAGGUUCUGAUGAUCGCUGAACCGAUCAAAAAGGUGCGGUCUCGGCCUAUUUCGGUGUAUCUUGCAUCCGACACCCUCAUGGCUUUGAACUUGUUUCUUGCUGAAGCAGCAGAUCACGCGAUGAUUCGAGUGUUUCAUAUCUCUACAAAAACUCAGAACAUAUCAGGUCCUAAUGUACAAGUGAUGGAGUACGUGGACAAAUCCAAUGAUGCUUAUGAACUCUCUGAGGAGUUGAUUGUUGAAAUGUCCUUGAUGAUGAAAUCUAAUCAUUUUGUGGGCAUAUGUAUGUCACAAAUUGCUAGAAUGGUGGAACAGAUAGGGAAGGCAUCUGGCACUCUUCGAUCUGCUGUUGCAAUCGAUUAUGAGAACAUUCCGGUACAUUGCAUUGCUAAAUUUGGUAGAGAAGAUGGUUGGACAUCGAGCAGAUUUGGAUUUACACAUUUGGCCAGACUCAUACGAAACAAUCAGAUUCAUGAAUGAUGUCAUGAAAUGGAUUAACACAUGGGGCAAUACCCUGUUUGUGGAUAACGUUUCAAACAAUCUUACCUAAAUUUUUUCGCUUGCUCAUACAUUUCGUGUAUACUUUUACUUUUUUCUCGAGCAACUAUUUUGUACCGCUGAAAAGUAAAAGACAUGAUCUACGC